UGGGCACUCUUUUCCUUGCAAUCUCUCUCUCUCUCUCGGGUGGGUCCCACCUCCCCAUGGCUGAGUCAGGCGUUUAUCCUACUUCUGGAUGUUUCUUCUUCUCGGCUGCCAAAGAAGAGGACAUGAUAAAGAGACGUUUUCUUUCCCGGGGAAAGAAACUGCGGAACUGUUGUUUCCCGGAACUGGAUCGUUGCUUCUAGGCGGAGUUCGGAGCACAACACCCGGGGCAAGAUGGCGGCCGGGCUUCGGCCGCUGCCCCGGGUCUGGGCGAACUCGGGGUUAUCGGGCUGAGGCGGCGGCAGCUGCGGCCCGGACCCCGAGCGUGGGGGUCUCGAACGGAUAAAGAUCUUCGGCCUGCGGAAAACCAACUCCUCUGAAGCCAGUGCUGUGCAAGGUCAUCAAUGGUCACCUAGCAUCUCCGUUGUACAGGCGGGUCCUCAGGGUUCGUGUUGGCUUGCAAACAUGUUCACUGUGUCUCAGACCUCCAGAGCAUGUUUCAUUGACAGAGCCCGGCAGGCCCGCGAAGGCAGGCUGGAGCAGAAGGAGCGGGAGCGCUCAGCCGUGCUCAUCCAGGCCGUGGUCCGGAGUUUCCUCAGCCGCCGACGGCUGCACGGAGCCAUCAGGAGAGAGAUUGAUGAGUUCUUUAACACGGACGACUCUGGGUCCAGCAAAAGAAGUGCACUUUGUAUUUUUAAGAUUGCCCGGAAACUGCUGUUCAUAUGCAAAGCUAAUGAGGACAACGAGAGAUUGGAGAAGUUGUGUCGAAGCAUCCUGAGCAGCAUGGAUGUAGAGAAUGAGCCAAAGGUGUGGUACGUGUCCCUGGCCCUUUCCAAGGACCUCACUCUGCUGUGGAUUCAGCAGGUCAAGAGCAUCCUGUGGUACUGCUGCGAGCUUCUUGAACAGCUCAAGCCGGAAAUCUUACAAGACUCCAGGCUCAUCACACUGUACCUCACCAUGCUGGUCACCUUCACGGACACCUCAACAUGGAAGAUCCUCCGCGGAAAAGGUGAGAGCCUUCGGCCAGCCCUGAACCACAUUUGUGCGAAUAUAAUGGGCCAUCUCAACCAGCGUGGAUUUUACCCUGUGUUGCAGGUACUGCUGACCCGAGGCCUGGCCAGGUCCCGGCCCUGUCUGUCCACAGGCACUUUAACAGCGGUCUUCUCUCUGGCAUUGCGCCCUGUAGUUGCUGCGCAGUUCUCAGACAACCUGAUGCGGCCGUUUGUCAUCCACAUCAUGUCGGUGCCUGCCCUCGUCACUCAUCUCAGCACAGUGACCCCUGAGCGUCUCAGCGUUUUAGAAUCCCAUGACAUGCUUCGCAAAUUCAUCGUCUUUCUAAGAGACAGAGACCGGUGCCGUGACGCUUGUGAAAGUUUAGAAGGAUGCCAUACCCUAUGUCUGAUGGGCAACAUCCUCCAGUUGGGCUCCCUCAACCCCAAAGUGUUGGAGGAAGAGACAGACGGGUUUGUGAGCUUGCUUACACAGAUGCUGUGCUACUGUCAGAAGUAUGUGUCCCAGAAGAAGUCCAACCUCACCCACUGGCACCCUGUGCUUGGCUGGUUUUCCCAGUCUGUGGACUACGGCCUCAACGAGUCCAUGUACCUGAUCACCAGACAGCUGCAGUUCCUGUGGAGUGUGCCUCUCAUCCGCAUUUUCUUCUGUGACAUCCUCAGCAGGAAGCUGCUGGAGCCCCCGGAUCCAGCCCCUGUACAGCCCUCGCCCUCACAGAAUGUGCUUCCAGUGAAGAGUCUCCUCAAGCGUGCCUUUCAGAAGUCGGCUUCGGUUCGGAACAUCCUCCGGCCUGUGGGGGGCCGGCACGUGGACUCGGCUGAGGUGCAGAAGGUCUGCAGCAUCUGUGUCCUCUACCAGACCUCGCUGACGACUCUGACCCAGAUCCGCCUGCAGAUCCUCACAGGUCUUACGUACCUUGAUGACCUGCUGCCCAAGCUGUGGGCCUUUAUCUGUGAGCUGGGGCCCCAUGGAGGGUUAAAGCUCUUCUUGGAAUGCCUGAACAAUGACACUGGAGAGUCCAAGCAGCUCCUGGCCAUGCUGAUGCUGUUCUGUGAUUGUUCCCGGCACCUCAUCACCAUCCUCGAUGACAUCGAAGUAUAUGAAGAACAAAUCUCAUUCAAGCUGGAAGAGCUAGUCACCAUCUCCUCCUUCCUCAAUUCCUUCGUGUUUAAGAUGAUCUGGGAUGGAAUUGUAGAGAACGCCAAGGGUGAGACCCUGGAGCUGUUCCAGUCCGUCCACGGAUGGCUCAUGGUGCUGUAUGAGCGAGACUGUCGAAGACGCUUUGCUCCUGAGGACCACUGGCUGCGGAAGGAUCUCAAGCCUGGCGUGCUCUUCCAGGAACUCGACAAGGACCGGAAGAGGGCUCAGCUGAUCCUGCAGCAUAUCCCCCAUGUUGUUCCUCACAAGAACAGAGUUCUCCUGUUCCGAAACAUGGUUACCAAGGAGAAGGAGAAGCUGGGGCUUGUGGAAACCAGCUCUGCCUCCCCUCACGUCACGCACAUCACUAUCCGAAGGUCCCGGAUGUUGGAGGAUGGCUACGAACAGCUCCGGCAGCUUUCCCAGCAUGCCAUGAAAGGUGUGAUCCGAGUGAAGUUCGUCAAUGACCUCGGGGUUGAUGAAGCCGGCAUCGACCAGGACGGUGUCUUCAAGGAGUUUUUGGAGGAGAUCAUCAAGAGGGUGUUCGACCCAGCACUCAAUCUCUUCAAGACAACCAGCGGAGAUGAGAGGCUGUACCCCUCACCCACAUCCUACAUCCAUGAGAACUACCUGCAGCUCUUCGAGUUUGUGGGGAAGAUGCUGGGAAAGGCUGUGUAUGAGGGGAUCGUGGUGGAUGUGCCCUUUGCCUCCUUCUUCCUGAGCCAGAUGCUGGGGCACCACCACAGCAUCUUUUAUAGCUCCGUGGAUGAGCUCCCUUCGCUGGACUCAGAGUUUUAUAAAAACCUUACCUCCAUCAAGCGCUAUGAUGGCGACAUUGCUGACCUCGGGCUAACACUGUCUUAUGAUGAGGACGUCAUGGGGCAGCUUGUCUGCCAUGAGCUGGUUCCUGGAGGGAAGACCAUUCCUGUUACAAAUGAAAAUAAAAUUAGCUACAUCCAUCUGAUGGCGCAUUUUCGAAUGCACACGCAAAUCAAAAACCAGACAGCUGCUCUUAUCAGUGGCUUCCGUUCUAUUAUUAAGCCCGAGUGGAUCCGAAUGUUCUCUACCCCUGAGCUUCAGCGUCUCAUCUCCGGGGAUAAUGCCGAGAUCGAUCUGGAGGAUUUAAAGAAGCACACGGUGUACUAUGGAGGCUUUCAUGGGAGUCACAGAGUCAUCAUCUGGCUCUGGGACAUUCUGGCUUCCGACUUCACGCCUGACGAAAGAGCCAUGUUCCUGAAGUUUGUGACCAGCUGCUCCCGGCCCCCACUCCUAGGAUUUGCCUACCUCAAGCCUCCGUUCUCCAUCCGCUGUGUGGAAGUGUCAGAUGACCAGGACACUGGGGACACCCUGGGCAGUGUCCUCAGGGGCUUCUUCACCAUCCGCAAGCGGGAGCCAGGCGGGCGGCUGCCCACCUCUUCCACUUGCUUCAACCUGCUCAAGCUGCCCAACUACAGCAAGAAAAGCGUUCUCCGAGAGAAACUGCGCUAUGCCAUCAGCAUGAACACAGGCUUUGAGCUCUCCUAGCCCAGCCCCGGGCUCCCCCACCGCCCUCCAGAGCACCCAGGCGACAGAGCCCUUCAGCUCCUGGAGGCACCCUGCUCCCAGGAGUGUGGCAGCUUAUGAGUCCUCAGACCCUCUCAAUAGCCAUGAGAUGCCCAAGCUUGGGGAUGCAGUACAGCGCACUCAGUGUGUUGGGGAGUGUUGUUAAGAAUAAGCCCCUGGUCGUUCCCCCUCACCCCCCACCCCACCCCUGUGCUCCCUCUUCCUGCCUUCUAGGGCCUGAACCUGGGCCUAGCGAUUGCAGAGGAGCUCCUGGUAGUUCUGUGAGGCUUUCUUCCUUUACCCUCUGACUACACAAAGCCUGUGCCUGUGAGCUCCUCCUCCUAUUCUGAAAACUCAGGUAAGGCCUCGCCAAGCCUCUAUGCACGGCAGAGUCCCUGCCUCUACCCUGUCCACAGCAGCCUCUUCCCAGGCAGUCAAACCCAGCUCCUGCCAGGGAGGCUGCUGAGUACAGUUUGGGGUCUCUCCUACAGGGGAGCAGGUGUUCCACACCACAGCCCCGCCUCCCAAGAGCAGCCCCAUUUCUGGAGUACCCAGAACCUAUGGCUCUGUGUGUCUGCCCUCCUCAUUACCUUACGGAGAAACACGAGAACCUGCAGUGCCCGGUCACCUGGGCACUGCUUUAGCCAGGUACUGCAAAGCCCGUCCCUUGCACAGGAGCCCUUUUGCACUGAACGGCCCAGGAGGCUGACGGGUAUCUCACACACCUUCACACCACCUCUGUUGGCUCCGGUCUCUGUUUUAAUCCCGACUUCAUUCUGUCUUUCCACUCUCUGUGCGCCCGGGCCCUCCUUUCUCCCUUUACCUAAGAACCUUCUCCAGGUUCAGGAUGUGGAGGCAGAGGCUCUGGGCUCUGUGUCUUGUCUCCUCAUGUUCUUGCAUCCCUCCACCCUGGUCCCUCUUGCACUCUGUGGAGCCAGCUUAGGACUAUAGCACUCAAAGCAAGGAAAUGCCUUCCAUCGGGAACCUGCACACCGUGGGAAAGUGGGCACACCCUGUCCCACUUCAGAAAGAAGCUGUGGCCGGGGGCCUGGGGAAGGUCCCGGGGCUUCUGGAGAGCGCUGCAAGCUUCCCGUGGAUGGAAGGGUGGCGAGGUCUUGGAAGAUGUCUGCAACCAUCUUCGUGUGUACUCAACUUCCCACAGACUCCUGGGCCCUGUGCACAGCCUGUGCGAAUAACAUGAAGCCUGAGAAUUACAGCGGGGACAUGGAUGGGGAAAGAGCAGCUUAUGAACACCAAUAUCACCUUGACCUGCUUGGUGUUUGACCUAGGGUUGUCUGUAGUUCACUACAAGCCUGCUUUCCCGCAAGUACAACAUCACACUACCCGAGCACCAAGUCUGGGUCAUAGCCGGUUUGCACUGGUGCCCCAUUGGCUCUUGGUGGCUUCAAAAAAGGAGUGGUUAUUGUUUUUGUAGGUGACUUGUGGACUUAAGACAUGUCAGGGCUUUAAUAAAUUUGUACUUGAGCAUA